ACCUCUCCGGAGAGCUGCACGAGUACCUGCGAACUCCCCGUGACCCACUAAGAGUCUCAGCGCUGGCUGGAUGAGGUGAAAUGGAAACCCUCCACCCGCCUUAAUCGCCCCACGAGUGAAGAGAGUCAGCCGAGAUGGAGAGCAAUGCCUCCUCCGGGAACUGUACCGAUCCCCAGAUGUCCUUCCAGUCCACCCUGUACGCAACCACGUACACCAUCAUAUUCAUCCCCGGCCUCCUGGCAAACAGCGCUGCCCUGUGGGUCUUGUGCCGCUUCAUCAGCAAGAAGAGCAAAGCCGUCAUUUUCAUGAUCAACCUGGCCGUGGCCGACCUGGCUCACGUCCUCUCGCUGCCCUUACGGAUGUAUUACUACAUAAACCACACGUGGCCAUUUGGAAGUUUUCUUUGCCAGGUGUGCUUCUACCUGAAGUAUCUCAACAUGUACGCCAGCAUUUGCUUCCUCACCUGCAUCAGCAUCCAGCGGUACCUCUUCCUCCUCCAUCCCUUCAAAGCCAAGGACUGGAAGCGGCGGUACGACGCAGCCAUCAGCGCUGCCGUCUGGCUCUUCGUCGGGGCGGCGUGCUUGCCUCUGCUCGUAGUGAGGAGCCCGGCCUUGUCCAACAGCACAAACACGUGCUUCUCGGACCUGGGGGUGAAGCAGCUGAGCCCGGGAGCCUCCAUCGCACUGAUGACGGUGGCGGAGCUGUUUGGGUUUGUCAUCCCCUUCGGCACCAUUGCCUGCUGCACGUGGAAGAUGUGGCAAUCCCUGCGGGAGUGUCCAACGCAGCUGCAAAACACCAGCGAGAAGCAGAAGGCUUUGCGCAUGGUCUUGAUGUGCGCGGCCGUCUUCUUCAUCUGCUUCACCCCCUACCACAUCAACUUCCCUUUCUUCAUGAUGGUGAUAGAGAACAUCAUCCAGGACUGUGCCUUUCACAGGAGCACGCUCCGCUUCCACCCCAUCUCCCUCUGCCUGGCGAGCCUCAACUGCUGCCUGGAUCCGGUCCUCUACUACUUCAUGACCUCCGAGUUCCAGGACCAGCUGCUGCACCACAGCUGCGCUGCCCUGCGAGCCCGGUUCACGCGCUGCGGGAGCAGCCUCUCCAUCGCCGAAACCGGCCACGACAUCCGUAUGAAGAGAAAUCUUCCACGCUUUAAGUUUUGGUCCCUUCCCAAGUUCUUUGGCCGAAUAAACAGCAUGGAAACCGCCCCCAUGCCGCCUGACGAGCUUCUGCUGGAGUCCAUCUCUUGAAA